AUGGCACCCUCUAUUUACUCAUCAAUGCGUCAAGACGUAGACAUCAUGGUUCCGAGCCGUUAUCUUCCUCAAAACAACCCACUUCUGGUGUGCGAUCCUGAGCCACAUGGAUGGGCAAGGAAAGACCCAAUUGCUCACAGCGAUUAUGUGUCAAUGGAAGAACUUGUUACUUAUAACAACUUUCGACUUGCCAAAUACAGAGAAGAACACUCCGUGAACAACCUAAACAACCUUGAAGCUGAGACAGCCACAAAUAUUCGAACAGUUCCAGAGGCUGCAGAAGACAGAAAAAUUGCUUCACGCAGAGCCGAUAUCGUCAGGGCCAUCCGUGGCCAAGCUAGCCCGCGGAAGAAUCCAUAUCCCGAGAGCUUCACAAAGAGGCGCAAUGUGCAAGGUCUUCGCAACAGAGCAACUUACUUUGCAAAAAAAGAAUGUUGGGAAGAGUGCCAAAGAGAUUCCUGGCUUCAACAGGAUGCCAUAAGCUGGGAACAGUCGAUCAAUAAAGCUUUGCCUCAGACGCCACCUUUGAGUCUUCAUCAGCAAAGCAAGUCCGAGGAAUCGAGGGUUUUAAGAGUUGCUAGCUCCAUCUAUUCGGAUGAUUCUUAUUUAUCUUCCAGACAUGGCCAUGGAAACAACAAUCAGGAUGACCUUUCCAUGAAUGCCUCUGCCUCCGAGUCUUGUGCCGAAUCUGCUGAUGGCUAUCCUAACUCGCCGCCGCCUUCGCACUCUCAUUCAAGCCGGAUGGAACAGACCGAAGAUUCUUCCAGCAGCCCGCCGGAAAUCUCGGACCCAAAUUACCAGAUUAAUGAAGGACUAUUGGAAGAGCUCAAAAAUCACUAUCUGAAACCAAGGAACAAAAUCUCACACGAGGAAAGCACAUCGUGUAAGCCAGCCACGACGCAGAAGGUCAGUAACUUCUUGUAUAGAAGCAACUCGCUGCCAGUGAAUAUCACACCAAUGAGCGAACGCCAGAAGACUCGCCUUGAAAUAUUCCGAGAGAGUGCCCCAACCAAUGGAACGAGUCAGGUGGAUAGACUGCCACAUCAUGUUGCAAUCACUCGGCCUCGGGCAUCCGGCCUAUUAAGUCCCGCUAUAAACGCCAAGGAGCUGCAUCCUGCGGCCGAUCAGUUAACUGGCAUUCACCAACCAGCUAUUCGCCGACCAGAAGUCGCCAUAGUCACCUAUGGCAAUGACGAAAACAAUCAUGGGACAGCUCAUACUAACGGGUAUCAAUCCGAGGGGAACGGUCCACGAAACUUUCGCCAGCGCACCGUUAGCACCGACUAUCCCGAGGAUAGAAGCACAAGCACACUUGGCGGGGAUUAUUUUGCGUCCUCUGACGACGAUCCAUUGGAAGCGCAAGGAGUUGCUGACUCACCAUUGAAGAAAAUAUUUGGCGAUGGUGGCUCUUUCGAUCAACUCAAGGCCGACACGAAGCCAGUCCUCAAGUCCAUGUGGGGCUCUGUAAAGGCGAAGGUUCAUAUAACCAAACCGAAGAUGGGCAUGUCAGCCUUCAAAGAAAUGUUCUCUCUCCGCUCACAGGACCCCAACUUGGGAAUGGUGACGUCGAAUUUCAUGAUAUCUUGUGAUCAGGAAUUUCAGUCGUCGCUAUAUGCAAGCCUUGAUCUUUUAAUCUGCACGGUUGCGAACAAAUUUCUUCUGUUUGAGCAUUUUGAAGAUAGGGUCACUCCAGUCAUGGCGGCUCAAUACAUAGAGAAGUGGGUUAAGCUAGGUAGGGCGCAGUUCACCGAGUUCAACUGUGGUCAACCUUUCCAGGCGUUGAUAAUCUGGGAAUGUCGCGAGUCACUUCAGUUCUAUGGCGACCACGAGGCUCGUGUAAGGAAUGCGGCCCUCGACACGUGGCUUAAAAAUGCCAACUCAAUGUCUGUGCUAACUCGAUGCAAUGGAGAUUCUGCUAUCCAGAAGCAUAUGCAUGAUUCCUGGAAGGUUCUGGAGAUACUGGGUGGCACCUGGGACAACUACGACUCUCUGUCCCGCCUUCACAUUUCGUUUCAUGAUGUGGUUGCUGGCGCAAAGACACGCAAUGAUGCCCUCGGCAUUGAACACGAUUGGAACCCGCCACCUGUGCCACCAACUCCGGCGAUGGCAUCAAUAAAGUCCCCGGAUUUGUCCCACCUAUACAGGCAAGGUUGA